GGAACCGCGGGGAUGGAAACGGGGAGCGAUGAGGCGGCCGAACCCCGGAGCGUGGAUGCUGCUGCUGCUGCUGCUGGCGCCUCUCUUCCUCCGCCCCCUGGGCGCGGGCGGGGCGCAGACCCCCAACGCCACCUCAGAAGGUUGCCAGAUCAUACACCCGCCCUGGGAAGGGGGCAUCAGGUACCGAGGCCUGACUCGCGACCAGGUGAAGGCUAUCAACUUCCUGCCGGUGGAUUAUGAGAUUGAGUAUGUGUGCCGGGGGGAGCGAGAGGUGGUGGGGCCCAAGGUGCGCAAGUGCCUGGCCAACGGCUCCUGGACAGACAUGGACACACCCAGCCGCUGUGUCCGAAUCUGCACCAAGUCUUAUUUGACCCUGGAAAAUGGGAAGGUUUUCUUGAUGGGUGGAGACCUCCCAGCUCUGGACGGAGCCCGGGUGGAUUUCCGGUGCGACCCCGACUUCCAUCUGGUGGGCAGCUCCCGGACCAUCUGUAGUCAGGGCCAGUGGAGCACCCCCAAGCCCCACUGCCAGGUGAAUCGAACGCCACACUCAGAACGGCGCGCAGUGUACAUCGGGGCGCUGUUUCCCAUGAGCGGGGGCUGGCCAGGGGGCCAGGCCUGCCAGCCUGCGGUGGAGAUGGCGCUGGAGGACGUGAAUAGCCGCAGGGACAUCCUGCCGGACUAUGAGCUCAAGCUCAUCCACCACGACAGCAAGUGUGACCCAGGCCAAGCCACCAAGUACCUGUAUGAACUACUCUACAAUGACCCCAUCAAGAUCAUCCUCAUGCCUGGCUGCAGUUCUGUCUCCACACUUGUGGCCGAGGCUGCCAGGAUGUGGAACCUCAUUGUGCUUUCCUAUGGCUCCAGCUCACCAGCUCUGUCAAACCGGCAGCGUUUUCCCACAUUCUUCCGAACACAUCCAUCUGCCACACUCCACAACCCUACCCGUGUGAAACUCUUUGAAAAGUGGGGCUGGAAGAAGAUUGCCACCAUCCAGCAGACCACAGAGGUCUUCACUUCAACUCUGGAUGACCUAGAGGAGCGAGUGAAGGAGGCUGGAAUUGAGAUUACUUUCCGCCAGAGUUUCUUCUCAGAUCCAGCUGUGCCAGUCAAAAACCUAAAGCGUCAGGAUGCCCGAAUCAUCGUGGGACUUUUCUAUGAGACCGAAGCCCGGAAAGUUUUUUGUGAGGUGUAUAAGGAGCGUCUCUUUGGGAAGAAGUACGUCUGGUUCCUCAUUGGGUGGUAUGCAGACAAUUGGUUCAAGAUCUAUGACCCUUCCAUCAACUGCACAGUGGAUGAGAUGACGGAGGCGGUGGAGGGCCACAUCACCACUGAGAUUGUCAUGCUGAACCCUGCCAAUACCCGGAGCAUUUCCAACAUGACAUCCCAGGAAUUUGUGGAGAAACUAACCAAGCGACUCAAAAGGCACCCUGAGGAGACAGGAGGCUUUCAGGAAGCACCACUGGCCUAUGAUGCCAUCUGGGCCUUGGCAUUGGCCCUGAACAAGACAUCUGGAGGAGGUGGCCGUUCGGGUGUUCGCUUGGAGGACUUCAACUACAACAACCAGACCAUUACGGACCAAAUCUACCGAGCGAUGAACUCUUCGUCCUUUGAGGGUGUUUCUGGCCAUGUGGUGUUUGAUGCCAGUGGCUCCCGGAUGGCAUGGACGCUUAUCGAGCAGCUACAGGGCGGUAGCUACAAGAAGAUUGGCUACUAUGACAGCACCAAGGAUGAUCUUUCUUGGUCCAAAACAGAUAAAUGGAUUGGAGGGUCCCCUCCAGCUGACCAGACCCUAGUCAUCAAGACAUUCCGCUUCCUGUCACAGAAACUCUUUAUCUCCGUCUCAGUUCUCUCCAGCCUGGGCAUUGUCCUUGCUGUUGUUUGUCUGUCCUUUAACAUCUACAACUCCCAUGUCCGUUAUAUCCAGAACUCACAGCCCAACCUGAACAAUCUGACUGCUGUGGGCUGCUCGCUGGCAUUAGCUGCUGUCUUCCCCCUGGGGCUGGAUGGUUACCACAUUGGGAGAAGCCAGUUCCCUUUCGUCUGCCAGGCCCGCCUCUGGCUUCUAGGCUUGGGCUUUAGUCUGGGCUAUGGCUCCAUGUUCACCAAGAUCUGGUGGGUUCACACGGUCUUCACAAAAAAGGAGGAAAAGAAGGAGUGGAGGAAGACCUUAGAGCCCUGGAAGCUGUAUGCUACGGUGGGCCUGCUGGUGGGCACGGACAUCCUCACUCUCGCCGUCUGGCAGAUCGUGGACCCCUUGCACCGGACCAUUGAGACUUUUGCCAAGGAGGAACCAAAGGAAGACAUUGACGUCUCUAUCCUGCCCCAGCUGGAGCACUGCAGCUCCAAGAAGAUGAAUACGUGGCUUGGUAUUUUCUAUGGUUAUAAGGGGCUGCUGCUGCUGCUGGGAAUCUUUCUUGCUUAUGAGACCAAAAGUGUGUCCACUGAGAAGAUCAAUGACCACAGGGCCGUGGGUAUGGCCAUCUACAAUGUUGCGGUCCUGUGCCUCAUCACUGCCCCUGUCACCAUGAUUUUGUCCAGUCAGCAGGAUGCAGCCUUUGCCUUUGCUUCCCUUGCCAUCGUGUUUUCCUCCUAUAUUACUCUGGUUGUGCUUUUUGUGCCCAAGAUGCGCAGGCUGAUCACCAGAGGGGAAUGGCAGUCUGAGGCACAGGACACCAUGAAGACAGGGUCAUCCACCAACAACAAUGAGGAGGAGAAGUCCCGGCUGUUGGAGAAGGAGAACCGUGAACUGGAAAAGAUCAUUGCUGAGAAAGAGGAACGGGUCUCUGAACUGCGCCAUCAGCUCCAGUCUCGGCAGCAACUCCGCUCCCGGCGCCACCCUCCGACACCCCCAGACCCCUCGGGGGGCCUACCUAGGGGGCCCUCUGAGCCCCCUGACCGGCUUAGCUGUGAUGGGAGUCGAGUCCAUUUGCUUUACAAGUGAGGGGCUGUCAGGGAGGACAGCCCAGUGGGGAAGGGAAAGGGAGUGGGAAGAGAGUGGGGGACUGGAGGGCGCAGGGGAUUCCCUCUCCCCAGCUGGAAAGAACAUGCUAUCUAAUCCCAUCUCUUGUAAAUACAUGUGCCUCUGUGCAUCCUGGGGUUAUUUGAGUCUCCAGUACUUUGGGAAACAGACCUUUUUCUCUCUUAUUCAUUCAUAUAAUUUUGUCACUACUUCAUAAUUUAGUUUGUACCUCACUUGAAGCUACUCACUCAUGACUCCUCAGCAGCCUCACUACAUCUUUCUCCCCCAUAACAGCUCUGUCUAGUUACCAUGGCAACCCCUGCAGCUCCCAUUGGCUUCCUGCUCCACUCCUAUUGGCAGGGGUCUUCCCACAAGUGCUCUUUCUACCGCAGCAGGGGCCUCUCCAUUUCUUUCACCACCAUAAUCUCCUUCCAUCCUACUUGCCCUUCUACACGUUCCUGUGUUUUCUUUCUCUUAAAUUUUGCUUCUUCUGGGAACUCAUUCUCACCAAGACUCAUGCUUCUUGACUCUGCUCUGUGUGUGCUCAAGGUUCCCCCCAACAUCCUUCCCUUCCCUGCUUGUGUCUGAUGGGCAUGCUUCUGUGCACUCAUGCUUUCCCUACGUGCUUUCUCAUGCUGCAGUCACUUGCACCCUUGUGUACCCUGUGCCCAUAGCCACGUGUGCUCUCAUGGCCAUGGGUGUCCCUUGUGUGUGUUUGGGUAGGUAUGUGUGAAUCGUUCAGCAUGUUGAGGUUUGUCUUGCCUACAUACACAUGUUCAUGUUUAUCCACGUAUUUUCUCUGUACCCGCAAUGUAAUUGUAUGCUUUCUUCCCUUUUUAUCCUAAGAUCAUUAUAUUCUUCCAGCAAAGCCAUAUGCACCCACCCUCUACAUCAUUAUGCACUUUCCCCCAAGUCACAUUUGCUGGGACCACCCAUACCCUGUCCUCAUCAUAGUUUCUGCUCAAACCUUCCUCCUCUCUCUUUUGCACUCAAGUUCUACCCUCAGUCUAUACUCACAAUCAUCCUUUCCUAAGAGAAAAGAAAUGGGGGCAGGUUUGGGGAGCUGCUUCCAGUGAAUAGUUGGUGAGAAUCCUGACCAGAAGAAGGCACUUCUGACAGUUGGAAUGGACAGAUGGACCUAUGGGGUGGGAAGUGGUGUCCCUUUCACACUGUGCUGUUUCAGAGAAGGAGCUCCCCAAAUCUCAAUAAACCAGUGAACAGAGUGACUCAGCACCUCACCCUCCAUAUUGUGAACAGAGUGGGCUCCAGGCCAAAGAAGGAUCCUCUGAGGGCUCCAAGUUAAUGAAAAGGCUUUGAAAUGGAGGUGCAGAAAGAGGUCUUUAUUGAUCUAUUAAGGCUAACUGGCUCAGUGUAGGGAAAGCAAGACACCACUAAGGCUGAGAUUAGUGAGUGAUGGAUGAUGUUAGUGGUUAAAAGUGUGGGUUCUGAGUCAAACUGCCAGGGUGUCAGGUCCCACCACAUGCAAAACAGUUCCCUAAUCUUUAUUAUCCAUGCCCUCAUUUCUGAAGAUGAGAACAAGAGUAACAGUGAUAGCCAUACCUUUCUCUGUAGAAUGCGAGGACUAGAUUGAUCAUGCAUUCAGGUACCUAGGUCCUGCUUGACCCGACCGUAGUAUGUGUUGGGUAAUGUUAGUCUCUGUCACUACUGGUUAGUGGGCUUGCUGACAGUGGUGGGCACAUGUUGGGAGCCUGGAGCAGUUGCUGAAAAAUGUGAGGACUCUAUCCCAGGAAGUAAGAACAACAGAAGAAUGAUAACUGCUGGAAAGUUUUGAAUGAGAUGGCCCUGAGUUCUUCCAACUUAAAAAUCUUCUAGGGAAUACUGAGACUUUUGGAAAGAAUUUUGAUCAAAGUAUAAGAAAGUUUUGAAUGGCCAAGGGACUAAACUGAUUUUUAUAAUUCCUUGUGUCCUUUGAAGACAUGGUUUUUUGAAGCUCAACUUUUUCUCUUUUACUUCAGCACUGAUGUUUUAAAAAGUCACUCUUACUUUUUGUACAAGAGCUACAAGUGUUGGA